CCUCGCCACCAUCCUUUUAACCCGUUAGUUGCCCCAGCACACAAUGCCGUCUCCUCGGACAGAUGUUCCAGUUGUGAUCGCAUUGGGAUUUCUGUAUUGUUUCCUGGCCGUCCCUGCGACCUCUGUCAGCGAUGCUCCCAAGACCUGUAGCCCCAAACACUUUGCCUGCAAGGACCAGGUAACAUGUAUAUCGAAAGGUUGGAGGUGCGAUGGAGAGAAGGACUGUCCCGAUGGCAGCGAUGAAGCCCCUGAUAUAUGUCCACAGAGCAAGAUUUCAAAAUGCCAACCCAACGAACACAACUGCUUAGGAACGGAGCUUUGUAUACCAAUGAGCAAGCUGUGCGAUAGCCACCAUGACUGUUCAGAUGGGUCAGAUGAGGGGCCAUUCUGCAGGGAGUAUGCGCACAACUGUACUGCCGAGGUAUCUGGAUGUCAACAUCACUGCGCAAAAACUGUGACCGGUCCCGUGUGUUAUUGUAACUCAUCCUUCCAACUAGCUGAAGAUGGCAAGUCUUGCAAAGACUUUGAUGAAUGCACACUCUACGGUACUUGCAGCCAGACCUGCCUAAACACAGAAGGGUCAUAUUCGUGUAAGUGUGUGGAGGGCUAUCUCUUACAGCCGGACAACAAGUCUUGCAAAGCCAAGAAUGAGCCAGUUGACAGACCCACAGUUUUGCUGAUUGCCAGUACGCAAAAUAUUCUGGCCACUUACUUAAGUGGAGCUCCAGUGGCAACAAUCGUGCCGAGCAGUACGAAGCAGACCACAGCCAUGGAUUUUAAUUACGCCGAGGAGACUGUUUGCUGGAUCCACAUGGGGGACAGUCCUUCCCAAACAACUCUCAACUGUGCCAAGAUCCCGAACCUGAAGGGCUUUACGGACACUCGCACCAUCAACAUCUCACUGAGCCUGCAUCAUGUGGAACAAAUGGCUAUCGACUGGCUAACCGGAAACUUCUACUUUGUUGAUGACAUUGAUGACCGGAUCUUUGUCUGCAAUAGAAAUGGAGACACCUGCGUAACACUUCUUGACAGAGAACUCUACAAUCCCAAAGGCAUUGCCUUAGAUCCGACCAUGGGAAAGUUAUUUUUCACAGAUUAUGGUCAGAUCCCUAAAGUGGAAAGGUGCGACAUGGAUGGUCAUGACAGAACCAAACUGGUUGACAGCAAAAUAGUUUUUCCGCAUGGCAUUACCUUGGACCUUGUGAACAGGCUGGUGUAUUGGGCUGAUGCUUAUUUGGAUUACAUUGAGGUGGUUGACUAUGAAGGCAAAAACAGACACACCAUAAUUCAGGGUCUCCUAAUCGAGCACCUGUACGGCUUGACAGUUUUUGAGAACUACUUGUAUGCUACAAAUACAGACCAUGCCAAUGCCCAGCAGAAAACCAGUGUUAUACGGGUCAAUAGAUUCAACAGCACAGAAUAUCAAGUGGUGACCAGGGUCGACAAAGGGGGAGCCCUCCAUAUAUACCACCAGCGCAGACAACCAACCGUAAGGAGCCAUGCCUGUGAACCAGACCAGUACAAGAAGCCCGGUGGAUGCUCAGACAUAUGUCUUCUCAGCAGCAAUCACAAAACUAAAACGUGCCGCUGCCGAUCUGGCUUCAGUUUGGGCAGUGAUGGGAAGUCAUGCAAAAAACCAGAGCAUGAGCUGUUCCUGGUGUAUGGCAGAGGACGACCUGGUAUCAUCAGAGGGAUGGACAUUGGCGCAAAUAUCCCCGAUGAGCAUAUGAUUCCCAUUGAAAACCUAAUGAAUCCCAGGGCUCUGGACUUUCAUGCAGAGUACGGUUUCAUAUAUUUUGCCGACACCACCAGCUUCCUCAUUGGUCGCCAAAAAAUCGAUGGCACAGAGCGAGAAACUAUCCUCAAAGAAGGUAUCCAUAAUGUGGAAGGUAUUGCUGUGGACUGGAUGGGGAAUAACUUGUACUGGACAGAUGAUGGUCCAAAGAAGACCAUCAGUGUGGCACGACUGGAGAAAGCUUCCCAAACCAGAAAAACUUUAAUUGAGGGGAAGAUGACACAUCCCAGAGCCAUUGUGGUGGACCCAUUGAACGGGUGGAUGUACUGGACAGAUUGGGAGGAAGAUCCAAAGGAAAGCAAGCGAGGAAGAAUUGAGCGAGCCUGGAUGGAUGGUUCUAACCGCAGUGUCUUUGUCACAUCCAAAGCUGUUUUGUGGCCUAAUGGGCUAAGUAUCGACAUUCCCAAUAAGGUCUUAUAUUGGGUAGAUGCCUUCUAUGACCGCAUUGAAAUGGUGUAUCUCAACGGGACCAACAGAAAGGCAGUGUAUGAAGGUCACGAGUUAAACCAUGCAUUCGGUCUCUGCCACUACGGUAACUUUCUCUUCUGGACAGAGUACCGCAGUGGGAGCAUCUUUCGACUGGACCAGGUUUUCAAAACAGUCACACUUUUACGGAAUGAGAGACCACCCAUCUUUGAAAUCAGAAUGUAUGAUGCCCAGCAGCAACAAGUGGGUUCCAACGCAUGCCGAGUGAACAAUGGAGGGUGUAGCAGCCUCUGUCUUGCUGUGCCUGGAAGCAGACGGUGCGCUUGCGCAGAGGACCAAAUUCUGGAUGAUGAUGGUGUCACUUGCAAAGCCAACCCAUCUUACGUUCCUCCACCCCAGUGUCAGCCAGGGGAGUUUGCCUGUAAGAACAGCCGUUGUAUUCAGUUGCGAUGGAAGUGUGAUGGAGACAAUGACUGUUUGGAUAACAGUGAUGAAGCACCAGAAUUGUGUCAUCAGCAUACCUGUCCAUCAGACCGCUUCAAAUGUGAGAACAAUCGCUGCAUCCCUAACCGCUGGCUUUGUGAUGGAGAUAAUGACUGUGGUAAUGGUGAAGAUGAAUCAAACUCAACCUGUUCAGCUCGUACGUGUCCUCCGAAUCAGUUCUCCUGUUCCAGUGGCCGCUGCAUCCCGAGUUCUUGGACUUGUGAUCUGGACGAUGACUGUGGUGACCGGUCAGAUGAAUCCUCAUCGUGCGCUUACCCAACUUGCUUCCCCCUGACCCAGUUCACUUGUGACAGCGGACGAUGCAUCAACAUUAACUGGCGUUGCGAUAAUGAUAAUGACUGUGGGGAUAACAGUGAUGAGGAUGGCUGCAGUCACUCCUGUUCUAGUACCCAGUUUAAGUGCAACAGUGGGCGCUGUAUCCCAGAACACUGGACUUGUGAUGGAGACAAUGAUUGCGGGGACUACAGCGACGAGACACAUGCCAACUGCACCAAUCAAGCAACUCGCCCGCCUGGUGGAUGCCACACAGAUGAGUUCCAGUGCCGCCUGGAUGGGCUCUGCAUUCCUAACCGUUGGCGCUGCGAUGGAGACACGGACUGCAUGGACACCAGUGAUGAGAAGAACUGCGAUGGUGUGACACAUGCGUGCGACCCUAGCGUCAAGUUUGGCUGCAAGGAUUCUGCAAGGUGCAUCAGUAAAGCCUGGGUUUGUGAUGGCGAUAAUGACUGUGAGGACAACUCAGAUGAAGAGAACUGUGAGAUGCUAGUCUGCAAGCCCCCGUCCCACACUUGUGCUAAAAACACAUCCAUCUGCCUUCCCCCAGAGAAGUUGUGUGAUGGAAAAGAUGACUGCGGUGACUUUUCUGAUGAAGGAGAUCUGUGUGAUCAGUGCUCGCUGAACAAUGGUGGCUGUAGCCAUAACUGCACAGUGGCUCCAGGAGAGGGCAUUGUGUGUUCUUGUCCUUUGGGUAUGGAACCAGGGCCUGACAACAAGACAUGCCAGAUUCAGAGCUUCUGUGCCAAACAUCUCCGGUGCAGCCAGCGAUGUGAACAGGAAAAGAACACCGUCAAGUGCUCCUGCUAUGAAGGCUGGAUGCUGGAACCAGACAAUGAGAGUUGCAGAAGUCUAGAUCCUUUUAAACCGUUCAUCAUAUUUUCGAACCGUCAUGAAAUCCGUCGCAUAGAUCUACACAAGGGGGAUUAUAGUGUCCUGGUGCCGGGCCUAAGGAACACAAUUGCCUUGGACUUCCACUUGAACCAGAGCACCCUCUAUUGGACAGACGUGGUAGAAGACAAAAUCUAUCGUGGGAAGUUGUCUGAAAGCGGAGCUCUUACCAGCUUUGAAGUGAUCAUCCAGCAUGGAUUAGCAACGCCAGAGGGUUUAGCUGUAGACUGGAUUGCUGGAAACAUCUAUUGGGUGGAGAGUAAUCUUGACCAGAUAGAGGUGGCCAAGCUGAAUGGCUCAAUGCGGACAACACUGUUAGCUGGAGACAUUGAACACCCACGUGCCAUCGCUCUAGAUCCACGAAAUGGGAUCCUUUUUUGGACUGACUGGGAUUCCAGCAUGCCUCGCAUCGAAGCUGCCUCAAUGAGUGGAGAGGGACGGAGGACCAUUCAUAAAGAAACAGGAUCUGGGGGAUGGCCAAACGGUCUCACCGUGGACUACCUGGAGGAACGGAUUUUGUGGAUAGAUGCCAGGUCAGAUGCAAUAUACUCUGCAAAAUAUGAUGGUUCUGGGCAUAUUGAAGUACUGAAGGGCAAUGAAUACCUAUCUCACCCUUUUGCUGUCACUCUUUAUGGAGGAGAAGUUUAUUGGACAGACUGGAGGACCAACACCUUGGCAAAAUCUAAUAAGUGGACAGGUCACAACGUCACUGUUGUCCAGCGUACCAACACUCAACCUUUUGAUCUUCAGGUGUAUCAUCCUUCUCGGCAGCCACAAGCUCCCAACCCCUGUGCGGCCAAUGAUGGAAGAGGACCCUGCAGCCACCUGUGCCUUAUCAAUUACAAUCAGACGUUCUCCUGUGCCUGCCCACAUUUGAUGAAGCUGUCUCCAGACAAGAGGACAUGUCUGGAAUUUAAACAUUUUCUGCUGUAUGCCCGUCAAAUGGAAAUUCGUGGUGUGGAUAUCGACAACCCAUAUUACAACUACAUCAUCUCCUUCACCGUUCCUGACAUUGACAAUGUCACAGUUGUAGACUAUGAUGCCUUGGAACAACGCAUUUACUGGUCAGAUGUUCGCACUCAGACCAUCAAGCGGGCCUUUAUCAAUGGCACAGGAGUGGAGACUGUCGUGUCAGCCGAUUUACCCAAUGCGCAUGGGCUGGCAGUUGACUGGGUGUCCCGAAAUCUCUUUUGGACAAGUUAUGAUGCCAAUAAGAAACAGAUUAAUGUUGCUCGUCUGGAUGGGUCCUUCAAGAAUGCAGUAAUCCAAGGGUUGGAUAAACCCCACUGCCUAGUAGUGAAUCCACUUCAAGGGAAACUCUACUGGACAGAUGGUGAUAAUAUUAGCAUUGCAAAUACGGAUGGCGCUGAACAGAGGGUCCUGUUUAGCAAUCAGAAAGGACCGGUUGGGUUGUCCAUUGAUUUUGUUGACAAGAAGCUGUAUUGGAUUAGCUCUGGUGUUGGCACCAUAAAUAGAUGUAAUUUAAAUGGAACCGGGCUGGAGAUCUUAGGUACCAUGAAAGCGUACCUUGGAAAAGCAACAGCAUUGGCCAUUAUGGGUGACAAGUUAUGGUGGGCAGAUCAUGCAUCUGACAAGAUGGGUACAUGCAACAAGAAGGAUGGCUCAGAUCCGCGAGUCUUGCGGCAGAACACCAACCAGGUGAUGCACAUGAAAGUCUAUGAUGAAGAAAUACAAAAGGGAACCAACAACUGUUCUGUGAAUAAUGGAGAUUGUUCUCAGCUUUGCCUCCCUACUUCCGAGACUACGCGAACUUGUAUGUGCACUGCUGGGUAUAGCCUGAAGAGUGGGCAGCAGACCUGUGAGGGUGUUGGUUCCUUCCUGCUGUAUUCUGUGCACGAGGGAAUACGUGGGAUUCCCUUGGAUCCCCUUGAUAAAUCGGAUGCUUUGGUUCCUGUGUCUGGUACUUCACUGGCGGUUGGAAUGGACUUCCAUGCAGAAAAUGAUACAAUCUACUGGGUAGACAUGGGACUGAGCACCAUCAGCCGAGCCAAGCGUGACCAGACAUGGCGUGAAGAUGUGAUUACAAAUGGCAUCGGCAGAGUGGAGGGCAUUGCUGUAGAUUGGAUAGCAGGUAACAUCUACUGGACAGAUCAAGGAUUUGAUGUGAUAGAAGUUGCCCGUUUGAAUGGCUCCUUCCGCUAUGUUGUAAUCUCUCAUGGACUGGACAAGCCAAGGGCCAUUACUGUUCAUCCAGAGAAGGGGUAUCUGUUUUGGACAGAAUGGGGCCAGCACCCACGUAUUGAGAGGUCUCGUCUGGACGGUAGCGAGAGAUAUAUCCUAGUAGAGAACAGCAUCAGUUGGCCUAAUGGAAUCUCUAUAGAUUAUGAGGAUGGGAAGUUGUACUGGUGCGAUGCCCGCACUGAUAAAAUAGAAAGGAUGGAUCUGGAAACCGGGAACAACAGGGAGGUGGUGCUGUCCAGCAACAACAUGGACAUGUUCUCGGUCUCUGUCUUUGAAGAUUAUAUUUACUGGAGUGACAGAACUCACGCAAAUGGAUCCAUCAAGAGAGGACACAAGGACAACGCCACUGAAUCUGUGUCACUGAGAACCGGGAUAGGAGUUCAGCUCAAAGACAUCAAAGUGUUCAACAAAGACAGGCAAAAGGGAACUAAUGUCUGUGCCAACAAUAAUGGUGGUUGUCAACAGCUCUGCUUGUACCGAGGAGGCGACCAACGUGUAUGUGCCUGUGCUCAUGGCAUGCUUGCAGAAAAUGGGUUAGACUGCAGAGAAUACGAUGGCUACCUGCUGUAUUCUGAACGAACCAUCCUAAAAAGCAUCCAUCUUUCGGAUGAGAGUAGCCUCAACGCACCUGUCAAACCAUUUGAAGACCAGGAGCACAUGAAGAACGUCAUAGCUUUGGCCUUCGACUACAGAGACAGCGACAAGGGAGGAACACGCAUCUUUUACAGUGAUAUCCACUUUGGGAACAUCCAGCAGAUCAACCAUGAUGGCACAGGACGCAAGACAAUAGUUGAAAAUGUGGGCUCAGUUGAGGGUCUUGCCUAUCACCGUGGCUGGGAUACCUUAUACUGGACAAGUUAUACAACUUCCACCAUCACAAGACACACAGUGGAUCAAAGCCAAGUCGGGGCCUUUGAAAGAGAGACCGUUGUAACCAUGUCUGGGGAUGAUCAUCCACGUGCCUUUGUUUUGGAUGAAUGUCAAAAUCUUAUGUUCUGGACCAACUGGAAUGAGCAGCACCCCAGUAUUAUGCGGGCCUCUCUCUCAGGAGGGAAUGUGGUGAUCAUCAUAGACAAGGACAUCCGAACUCCCAAUGGCCUAGCCAUUGACCAUCGGGCAGAAAAGCUUUAUUUUUCUGAUGCAACCCUCGACAAAAUUGAGCGAUGCGAGUAUGAUGGCUCUGAGAGAUAUGCUAUUUUGAAGACUGAUCCCGUCCAUCCCUUUGGUCUGGCUGUUUAUGGGGACUAUAUAUUUUGGACAGACUGGGUACGUCGUUCGGUUCAGAGGGCCAACAAAUAUGUUGGCUCAGAUCUAAAGCUUCUCAGAGGUGAUAUCCCGCAGCAGCCCAUGGGCAUCAUCGCUGUGGCAAAUGAUACAAACAGCUGUGAAUUAUCCCCUUGUAGAAACAACUCGAUUUGUCAAGACUUGUGUCUCCUUACUGCUGAUGGAAAGGUAAACUGCUCAUGCCGGGGAGAUCGCAUUCUGCAGGAAGAUUUUACUUGUAGAGGUCUGAACUCCACCUGCAACCCACAUGAUGAAUUUGAGUGUGGGAAUGGUGACUGUAUUAACUAUAGCCUGACGUGCGAUGGUGUGGCCCACUGCAAGGACAAAGCAGAUGAGAAGCAAACAUACUGCAGCAACCGCCGCUGCAAGAAAGGCUUCUUGCACUGUGCCAAUGGCAGGUGUAUCUCCAGGUCUUACUGGUGCAAUGGACUCGAUGACUGUGGAGACAAUUCUGAUGAGAUAUCCUGUAACAAGACAAGCUGUGCUCCCGAGGAGUUUCGUUGCCGGGACGGGACCUGUAUUGGAAACUCGAGCCGCUGUAACCAGCUUGUGGACUGUGAGGAUGCGUCCGAUGAAAUGCACUGCAACAUCACUGACUGCAGCAAGUAUUUUAAGCUUGGGGUGAAGGGCCUGACCUUCCAGAAGUGUGAGCGGACUUCUCUUUGUUAUGCGCCAAGUUGGGUCUGCGAUGGCUCAAAUGAUUGUGGGGACUUCUCAGAUGAAACCAGCUGUCCAGGGGUUCGUAAACCUAAGUGCCCAGUGAAUUACUUUGCCUGCCAGAGUGGACGCUGCAUCCCUAUGAGCUGGACCUGUGACAAGGAGAAUGACUGUGAAAAUGGUGAAGAUGAGACUCACUGUGACAAGUUCUGCACUUCCAUGCAGUUUGAGUGCAGUAACCAUCGAUGCAUCUCCAAGCACUGGGUUUGUGAUGGCUCUGAUGACUGUGGAGAUAAAUCAGAUGAAGACAGCCGCUGUAAACAUACCACUUGUAGUCCAGAAUCAUACCAGUGUCCCAGCACCCACUUGUGUGUUCCACGGCGCUGGCUGUGUGAUGGGGACAAAGACUGCCAAGAUGGAUCAGAUGAGAGCGUUCAUGCUGGUUGUGUUUUCAACAAUACUUGUGACUCCAAAGAAUUUAUGUGCCAGAACCGUCAAUGUAUUCCCAAGCAAUUUGUGUGCGACCAUGAUACGGACUGCAGCGACGGGUCCGACGAGUCUCCAGAAUGUGAGUAUCCGACAUGUGGUCCAGAUGAGUUUCGUUGUGCCAAUGGCAGGUGUCUGUUGAACAAGCAAUGGGAAUGCGAUGGAGAGUUUGACUGCCAUGAUAACUCAGAUGAAGCACCAAAAAAUCCUCGUUGCUUGGGUACAGAGGGCAAAUGCAAUGACACCUUCUUCCAAUGUAAGAACGGAAAGUGUAUCCCAGAUCAGCUUGUGUGUGACAACAAUUCCGAUUGCGAGGAUGGUUCUGAUGAACUCAACUGUUUUGUCAAUGAAUGUCUGAAUAAGCGACUGAGCGGCUGCAGCCAGGAAUGCGAGGACCUGAAAAUCGGAUACAAGUGCAGAUGCCGUCCUGGCUUCCGGUUGAAGGACGAUGGCAAGACAUGUGUUGACAUUGACGAGUGCACAACAACUUACCCCUGCAGCCAAAGGUGCGUCAACAUGCUUGGAAGCUACCGCUGCCUAUGUGUGGAAGGCUAUGAGAUCCGUGGCGAUAAUCCCAACAGCUGUAAAGUCACUGGUUCAGCUGCAGAUGAAGAGCCAUUCUUAAUAUUUGCAAACCGGUACUAUUUGAGGAAGCUGAGUCUUGGAGGCACGAAUUACACGUUGCUUAAACAGGGCCUGAAUAAUGCAGUAGCUUUGGACUUUGAUUACCGUGAGGAGAUGAUUUACUGGACUGAUGUCACCACUCAGGGCAGCAUGAUACGCCGCAUGCACAUCAACGGCAGCAACGUACAGGUUCUGCAUCGCACUGGGCUCAGUAAUCCAGAUGGCCUGGCUGUCGACUGGGUUGGUGGUAACCUGUACUGGUGCGACAAAGGCAGAGACACCAUUGAAGUUUCUAAACUAAAUGGGGCGUAUCGCACCGUACUGGUUAACUCUGGCCUGAGGGAACCACGUGCACUGGUGGUUGAUGUACAGCAUGGUUACCUGUACUGGACUGACUGGGGAGACAACUCUCUCAUUGGUAAGAUUGGCAUGGAUGGCACCAACCGCAGCGUCAUUGUGGACACCAAGAUCACGUGGCCCAAUGGCCUAACACUGGAUUAUGUCAACGGUAGAAUAUACUGGGCAGAUGCCAGAGAGGACUACAUUCAGUUUGCAGACCUUGAUGGCAACAAUCGGCACAUAGUGCUUAGUCAGGAUAUCCCGCACAUUUUUGCUCUGACUCUGUUUGAGGAUUACAUAUACUGGACAGAUUGGGAGACCAAGUCUAUAAACAGAGCUCACAAAACCAAUGGAUCAAACAAAACCAUGCUGAUCAGCACCCUCCACCGGCCAAUGGACAUCCAUAUCUACCACCUGUACCGCCAGCCAGACGUUCCUAAUCAUCCCUGCAAAAAGAACAAUGGCGGCUGCAGCAAUCUGUGCCUUCUUGCUCCUGGUGGAGGAUAUAAGUGCGCAUGUCCAACAAACUUCUACCUUGGAGCAGACGGGAAAACAUGCGUGUCUAACUGCACCGCUAGCCAAUUUGUCUGCAAAAAUGACAAAUGUAUCCCGUUCUGGUGGAAGUGUGACACGGAGGAUGAUUGCGGAGACCGAUCUGAUGAGCCUGCUGACUGUCCGGAAUUCAAGUGCCGGCCUGGUCAGUUCCAAUGCUCCACUGGAAUCUGCACCAAUCCUGCUUUUAUCUGUGAUGGAGACAAUGACUGCCAGGACAACUCGGAUGAAGCCAACUGCGACAUCCACGUGUGCCUUCCCAGCCAGUUCAAAUGCACCAAUACCAAUCGCUGCAUCCCUGGCAUUUUCCGCUGCAAUGGACAAGACAACUGUGGGGAUGGAGAAGACGAGAAGGAUUGCCCUGAAGUCACUUGUGCCCCCAACCAGUUCCAGUGUGCCAUUAACAAGCGUUGUAUCCCCCGUGUCUGGGUGUGCGACAGGGAUAACGACUGCGUGGACGCAUCCGAUGAGCCAGAUAACUGCACUCAGAUGACCUGUGGAGUGGAUGAAUUCAGAUGCAAAGAUUCUGGCCGCUGCAUCCCCGCUCGCUGGAAAUGUGAUGGGGAGGAUGACUGUGGUGACAGCUCUGAUGAACCGAAAGAAGAGUGUGACGAGAGGACGUGUGAACCUUACCAGUUCCGCUGUAAGAACAACCGAUGUGUCCCUGGCCGCUGGCAGUGUGAUUAUGACAAUGACUGCGGUGACAACUCCGAUGAAGAGACUUGCACUCCUCGUCCGUGUUCGGAAAGUGAAUUUUCAUGUGCCAACGGGCGGUGCAUUGCUGGUCGUUGGAAGUGUGAUGGAGACCAUGACUGCAUUGAUGGCUCCGAUGAGAAAGACUGUAAGUUGCGCUGUGAGUUAGACCAGUUCCAGUGCAGUAAUGGUCACUGUAUUCCACACCGCUGGCGCUGCGAUGCCGAUGCAGAUUGUAUGGAUGGCAGUGAUGAAGAAAACUGCAAUAACAGUGUAGUUCGGACAUGCCCUCUGGAUGAGUUCCAGUGUAAUAACACUCUCUGCAAACCACUGGCUUGGAAAUGUGAUGGAGAAGAUGACUGUGGGGACAAUUCUGACGAGAGACCAGAGGAAUGCUUGAAAUUCGUCUGCCCCCCCUAUAGACAGUUCCGCUGCAGGAAUGACCGCGUGUGCCUGCGGAUGGAACGUGUCUGUGAUGGAAUUGAUAAUUGUGGAGAUGGAACAGAUGAAGAGAACUGCGAUUAUGAGAAAAAGCCGAAGAGCUGUGAUAUGGCAAAGAAGGAGUUCCAGUGUAAAAACAAGAAGUGCAUCGACUCGUCUCUGCGCUGUGACUUGUUUGACGACUGUGGGGAUGGGUCAGACGAGGAAACCUGCUAUCACGACUUUACCAAACAUGGUUGUCAGUCCAAUAGCACCAUUUGUGGAGAAGAAAUGAAGUGUGUCCAGACAACGAACACAGUGUAUUGUGUUUGUAAAGAUGGUUUCCAGAAGAUACCAGGAACCAAUGCAUGCAGAGAUACCAACGAAUGCCUGGCAUUUGGCACAUGUUCACAAGUCUGCAACAACACUAAGGGCUCCUACAUGUGCACUUGUGCAAAAAGCUUUGUCAAGUCCAAUCAUUCAUGCAAAGCAGAUGGUUCUGGUUCUAACCAGGUCCUCUACAUUGCUGACGAUAAUGAAAUCCGAAGCUUGUAUCCGUUCAACCCCAACUCUGCAUAUGAGCAGGCUUUCAGAGGAGAUGAGACCAUACGUAUUGAUGCAAUGGAUGUGUAUGUGAAGGGGAAUAAGAUUUACUGGAGUAACUGGCAUACUGGCAAGAUCUCCUAUCGCGAACUUCAUGGAACGUCAUCCUCCACCAACUCUAACCGCAACAAGAGACAGAUCGAUGAUGGCGUCACAGACCUCAAUAUCCCCGGUCUGAAGAUGCCCAGAGGCAUAGCCGUUGAUUGGGUAGCUGGGAACAUUUAUUGGACUGACUCUGGUCGAGAUGUCAUCGAGGUGGCUCAGAUGAAGGGUGAACAUAGGAAGACCUUGAUCUCUGGCAUGAUUGAUGAACCUCAUGCUAUAGUGGUAGAUCCUCUCAGAGGAACCAUGUACUGGUCUGACUGGGGCAAUCAUCCUAAGAUCGAAACAGCAGCUAUGGAUGGCACCAUGAGAGAGACAUUGAUAGAAGAUGAUAUCCAGUGGCCCACAGGGUUAGCCGUGGAUUAUCACAAUGAACGCCUGUACUGGGCAGAUGCAAAAUUAUCAGUCAUUGGAAGCAUUCGCCUUAAUGGAACUGAUCGUGUGGUGGCCAUUAAUAACAAGAAAGGUCUCACACAUCCCUUCAGCAUCGACAUUUUUGAGGAUUACAUCUACGGAGUGACAUAUGUGCACAAUCUCAUCUUCAAAGUGCACAAAUUUGGGCAUGGCCCCGUAACAAAUUUGACUUGGGGGAUAAACCAUGUUACGGACGUGGUUCUGUACCAUCAGUACAAACAGCCUGACGUGACCAACCCAUGUGAUCGUAAGAAAUGUGAGUGGCUCUGCUUGCUGAGUCCAAGUGGGCCAGUGUGUACAUGUCCCAAUGGCAGGAGGCUUGACAAUGGGACCUGCAUGCUUAUACCAUCGCCUACACUGUCACCAGAUGCCCCCACCCCAGACAGCUGCGCUUUAGAGUGUCUAAACGGAGGCCAGUGCUUUCUUAAUGCAAGGAAGCAACCAAAGUGUCGUUGCUUGCCCAGUUACGAUGGGGAAAGGUGUGAAAUUGACCAGUGUAAAGACUACUGCAAGAACGGAGGAAUCUGUGCGCCAUCUCUAUCAGGCAUGCCAACCUGUCGCUGUCCCACUGGGUUUACUGGUCCUAAAUGCCUGCAGCAAGUGUGUACUGCCGACUACUGUCAAAACAACGCCACGUGCUCCGUGAAUCUAGGCAACCAGCCCAACUGUCGCUGCUUGGGAGACUACAUCGGAGACAAGUGUCAAUAUCGGAAGUGUUCGGAUUACUGCCAGAACGGAGGAACCUGCCAGCUGACAGCCAACGGAACCAAGCAGUGCCGCUGUACGCCAGGAUUUGAGGGCCCCCGCUGCGAAGUUGACCGAUGUACCCGCUGCAAAGAUGGCAAAUGCAGUACACUAAACGGCAAUGUGAUCUGUGUGUGUACAGAUGGACGGAUUGGAAAAUCUUGCCUGACAUGCGACAACUAUUGUUUGAAUGGAGGGACCUGCACUAUUAACCGACUGACGGAGAUGCCAGAGUGCCAAUGUCCUCCAGAAAGGACGGGCUCUGUGUGUGAAACAUCUGUCGGCAUGAAGCAGCAAAGCAGUAGUACUGCCUCCAUUGUUAUUCCCAUCAUAAUAAUCCUCCUGCUUGUCCUUGUUGGUGUUGGAAUUUUCUUCUGGUACAGACAUAGGAUGAGCGGAGCUAAAGGCUUCCAACAUCAACGUAUGACUAAUGGAGCCAUGAAUGUGGAGAUUGGCAAUCCAACCUAUAAAAUGUACGAGGGAGAGCCUGAUGAUGACGUGGGAGAGUUGCUGGACGCAGACUUCACUUUGGAUCCAGACAAGCCUACAAACUUCACUAACCCGGUCUACGCCACCCUGUACAUGGGCGCUCACAACAGCCGAAACUCGCUAGCCAGUACAGAUGAAAAGAGGGAGCUGCUGUCUCGCGGAGGAGAUGACGACUUCUCCGACCCUUUGGCAUAGGGUUGAGAUUUUAAUAGAAAAGAAAAAGAAAAAAAAUAGCUAAAAACUUUUUAAAAAAAUAUGGAGAAAACACACACACAACCUAGUGGUGUAUAAAGUGUAUAAAUGAAGGACUACUUUUAUAUUUGAUCUCAGUAUUAUAAAUAUAUUUUUUUUCCCUUUGCCAUUUAUUUCUGGAAACUGUCUACAUUCCCCUCAGUUCCGCACCCAUCCCUGCUCGGACGCUGCCUGUAAUGGGACUCUGUAGUUUGCACAAAAGUGGAAAGCAGAUCUCGUCAGCCAGAAUAGGCGUCGAAGACUAGGAACUGGUGGAAGAUACAAAGGAGGCAGGUUGUUUUUAAAAAAAAAGCUAAAGAACCCACAAGUGAUGAGAGGGCAAUUUUAAUCAUUAUCAAGGGCUGGCCUUCUAACCAAGACUGUUACGAUAUAUUUUAUCCAUUUUGAAAAUCACCUGGACGGUACAUACAACGUAAGAAGAGGAUGACUUGCCAGCUCUCUUUAUGUAUUUCAUUUUCACCUUAUUUUGUUUAUUUGCUUCAUCUUUUAGCUAUGGAACGCGGCAAAUCAUUCUUUAAAUUGUUUUUAUUUUUUUGAGAUGAUGGAAAUGGGGCAGUGUUUUUCAGGAAGGAACAUUUGAAGAGAAUGUUCUCGAGUGCUGAGAGGGUUUUGUGCAAUGUCACUUUCACAACAAUGAAAUGGGAAGCGAUAUUGUUUGUAUCCUAUCCACACUGCUUAGGUUCAACGAUUGUAUUUGGUUAUUUUAAUAAAUACACUUUUCAGGUUACCGGGAACUCCUGCACAGCCAUGAAGAAGCUGCUUUUAAAAGGUCUUAUUUUGUCUGGAGUCUAGAAAGCAGAUAUUGUGCCCUCCUUGUAGACUGGAAGAAGACUCAACCUAGUAGGAGUCAUAACAUGAAAGAAUACACUAAAGCCAUGAGAUAUAACUAGGGCUUUAUAGUCACUAUCCUGCUACAGUAUGAUCUAGCCGUUUGUCUUUUUCGAUUACUUUUCCUCGAUUCAUAAAUAAAGUUAUGAGGUUGUCGGCGGUAUGACUUCUAGGGCACUUAUAAGACAUCCCCCCCAGACAGUCUGUACUAUCUGCCAUUUUUGAAUUUGUGGAAGAAGCAGUGCUACAAAAUACAUACCUGUAUAUAAGUACACUUUUUAAAACAAUUGUUUUAUAGUUUUAUUGCUGUCUUAAAAGAGCAAAAAUGUCUCCACCUUUUCGUAGGUUCACUUAACGAUUGUCACUAAAAAUGCCUUUUGUAUUGCUUUUUGAAGUCAGAUGAGCAACACUUUUUGCCUAGUAAACCACAAACAAUCACGUAGAUCACUUCUUAUAGAAUGCUAUUAUUAUGGAUGAAAUCAGUAUUAUUAUUAUUCAUAAACUUACAUGGUUUUGCAGCACUGCUUUCUUGCCUCAAUAAGGAUGUAUGUUGUCUAACUGGCCACUAUCUUAUCUUAAAGGGGUAACUUUCUUUGAAGAAGCCCCCUUUUGGCCCAUUGAAACACGCUUUCCAUGACGACUGCUUUUCCAAUGCCUUUCCUGUUUUUUCCCCUUUUUAAUACUUGCUUUAACAGUAAUAGUUUACUGCUUUUAUAUUUUUUUUUCCCGAGGGCUUCACAGGAGUUUGCACAUUCAUAAUAAAAUAUUGUUUGUAUUAACCUUUAUCGUUAUUGCACACAUAGCAGUAUGUUGUAUUUUUCUUUUUUAAUUCCUUGCUUGAGAUUGACGAGCUGAGGAGGGUAUGGUACUUUUCCCGCUUUUUUCUCGCUGCUCUUGCACUCACAGAAAUUAUGGGGCUUCUAGAAGAAAACUGUGAAUGAGGCAAAAAUAAUAAUAAUAAUAAUAUGGUGACCUUCUCAUUUUGGAAUGUUUAGACUGAUAACAUUUCAGCAGCUGCUACCUUUCUAGAAAAACACAUCUUUGAUUGUAUGGCCUGUGGGAGCUCGGGUAAAGAAACUGUUGUGGGCUGUUUCUGAGAUGAGAUAUCUGUAAAAUACACAUUUGUUUAUUUGCACACGAUCAACGGAGUAAGGAAUAUCUGGUUGCCUUUCUAGUGUACGUAGGGUGGUUAUUCAAGAAUUCAUAACCGUUCACUAUAAAAAUGUAAUAGUCCAGAAACAAAGUUUAGUUCCUAGAGUCAAUCUAAAGUUAUGAUGUGAAUAUCCUAUACAUGUUUUUAGUGUGCGUGAAGAUAACCCCAGACAUGUUACUCCAUAUUGAAGUCAUACAACAGGGUCAUAUACUGCACUAUUGCCGAGGUGUGAAGUAAGAAAGUUGUUAAAGAAAUAAAUCCAUUCUACA